AUGUCUCUGUAUCCAUCGUUAGAAGAUAUGAAAGUUGAUCAUAUGGCAAAGGUAGAAAAAUAUGCGAACAUUUGCUUUAUUUUGGACGAAGUGAUGUUUCAGCCAUCCCGAGUCUGAUUACAAUAUGAUGCAUCAAUCAAAGUAUAUAUACGAGCCCAAUAAAUUAGCAAUGUAUUAAUUGCCUCGUUCUUUAAUAAAUCCUGUUUUAUCGAAGACAACUUUAACCCAUAAAUUGAACACUCAGGACAAAAUGCAAGGGUUUUUUUUGAAAAACGAUGCAAGCUUUUACAACUCCAUUUGGGGAAGUCAUGUACCGAUGUACGUGAUGGUACUAAAAUAUUUGUGUUAUAAUUUUUUAGGCCCAAGUUCAGGCUGCUAAUCACAGCCAUGCUUUGCCAGCGGCUACGGUAAGUUCCUCAGUGUUGCUUGUUCAGUUAUGAAAAUAUCAUACUGUAUCACAUGUUCACGUUAUAUAGAAUUCUAAAAGUGAAACCAAAUUUUCUAAUACAUAGGCGAGUGCUCCUGGUCCGAGCGCCCCUCCGAGCGCAGGACACAGCGGGCUGUAUCCAUCAUUGGAUGAUUAUAUGGGUCUCCAUAUCACAGAACAAAUGGUCCGAGACAAUCUCCCAGGACAUGUAAGUAUGAUAGACGGUCCUUAUACAUUGUAUGUACAUUGAGUAUGGUGUCACGGUGUUAGAAUCACAAAUCAUAGAUUACAACAUACAUAGAUUGUUUUAUUUUGCCCAGUGCGUAAAUGUAAAAUUUUCAACAUUUUUAGCAAGUAGUCCCAAGAAGUGGCAACCAGCUCGCAACAGUGACCAGUGGCGUCAUUGCUCCAGUGACCGGUGCAAACAACAUUGACGUAAAACGAGCCGAAAUCAAACAAGGCGUACGUGAGGUGACUUUGUGUAAAGACGCAAAGGGUAAAGUAGGUUUACGUGUGAGACACGUCGACAAGGGUGUCUUUGUGUCGUACGUUCACAGCAACUCACCCGCGGCUCUGGGUGGUCUGAGGUUUGGUGAUCAGAUCCUACAGAUUGAUGGUGAGAAUGUUGCUGGUUUUGAAAUGGAUAAAGUUAUGAAGGUUAUCAAGAAAGCAUCACCACAAAGAAUCGUGUUUGCCGUCAGAGACAGGUGUGUUUUCCAACUGCCUGGAAAGGGGCUCAGUCUGAAAAAGGUUUUCCUUGACAAGAAAGUUGUCUGGCAUUAGACAGAGUAACAAAUAAAUGGACAAAUAAAACAAUGUAGCAUUAGAAAGGGUAGAUGCUGUAAUAAUUAUUGGGUUGAAUAGAGUCAUUUUCUAAUGCUAAAUAUCUUUCUAUAAUUUAGACCAUUUGAAAGAACAAUUACAUUACAAAAAGACAGCAAUGGAAAUGUUGGCUUUGUAUUCAAAGAUGGAAAAAUCACAGCUAUUGCCAAAGAUUCAUCCGCGGCAAGGUAAAUAGAAAUCUGUGGUUGUUAUGGUACUUUCCUGGUCGUUACAGCGUUGGACUGGCAAACCAAGUGUGGCAAGCUUCAUUUCCACUGGGCUCAAGUCAUUUUUGAGCUAGCCCACAUGCAGUCACUCAUAGUAUUGUCAUGUUUAAAAUACAAAGUUAAUUUUAAAUUAUGAUUUAUUUGUGUAGAAAUGGUUUGCUGAUUGAGCAUAACCUUGUUGAGGUUAAUGGUCAAAAUGUUGUUGGCUUGAAGGUAAGGUCUUGUUUUAACUGAUGUCAUACUGCAUACAUGUUUUCAAGGAUCAAGUGCCGGAAAAUAUCAAGCAUUGUGGUAUAUCAUCUAGAUUUGCCACAUCUUGCAAUGGUACACUGGUCAUUCAAACACAAUGUCGCUGAAAACGUUUCCUUCCACUUCUUAGGAUAAAGAGACGAAAGAGCUAAUUAACCGAGGUGACCGAUCGGUCACGUUCACCAUUGUGCCAACAUUUGUGUUCAAACACAUCAUGAAGAGGUAAGUUCAAUCAUGUGUUAAUUGUAAGAUAGGGAGAAAAGUUGACCCAAUUUUUACUAGAGAUAGAUGAGCCAUCCAGACAUGUUUGGGCAAGGAAAAUAGGGCCAUGGGAUGGCCUGGGCAGACAUACUCCCUUUUCCAGCAAAUAUCACCGAGAUUUUAAAACAAAGUAGAAGCAAAUAAACCUUACCAAAAACCUAACUUAUAUGUUUUUUCAUCUUUUACAGCAUGUCAACCAGUCUUGUGAAAGGCAGCAUGGAUCAUUCAGUUCCAGAUCUCUAA